UCUUCACGGAAUAGUUUGCGCGUGCGCAGGUCCUAGCUGUCAACUGCGGACGGAACAACAAGUCCCACCAAAGGAGGGAGGGGGAGAUUGUGGGGACGCAAAUAGUUAUAAUUGCUGAGGAAGUGCGGCGGUCUUGGCCGGUAGCGUUCGGUUCGUGCUCGAACGCUCUGGCGCUCUUCUCUCGCGCUCAGGUGGAACUAGACUGACUUUGAUGCAGAAGGUAGAUCUUGAAUUAGCAGCAGGUGUAACUUUGAGUAGUCAUGGCUGCUCAAUCAUUGGACCCCCCUCCAAAUGCAAGUUGUAAAAUUAUGACUUUUCGACCUUCAGUGGAUGAAUUCCGGGAGUUUAACAAGUACUUGGCUUACAUGGAAUCAAAAGGUGCUCAUCGUGCUGGACUGGCAAAGGUGAUUCCUCCUAAGGAAUGGAGCCCAAGGAAGUGUUAUGAUGACAUUGAUGAUUUGAUUAUCCCUGCUCCAAUUCAACAAAUGGUCACUGGUCAAUCGGGGCUCUUCACUCAAUACAACAUUCAGAAAAAGGCAAUGACUGUGAAGGAAUUCAGACGACUUGCAAACAGUGACAAAUACUGUACUCCAAGGUAUAUAGACUAUGAAGACUUGGAACGAAAAUACUGGAAGAAUUUAACUUUUGUGGCACCAAUAUAUGGAGCUGAUAUUAAUGGAAGCAUAUAUGAUGAGAAUGUUAAGGAAUGGAAUAUUGCUCAUCUCAAUACUAUAUUGGAUGUUGUAGAAGAAGAUUGUGGAAUCUCUAUUGAGGGUGUCAACACCCCAUAUCUGUACUUUGGUAUGUGGAAAACAACGUUUGCAUGGCACACUGAAGAUAUGGAUCUCUACAGUAUAAAUUAUCUUCACUUUGGAGAACCAAAAUCAUGGUAUGCUAUUCCUCCAGAACAUGGAAAACGACUUGAACGGUUAGCUCAAGGAUUCUUUCCAAGUAGUUCUCAAGGAUGUGAUGCCUUUCUGCGCCAUAAGAUGACAUUAAUUUCUCCCUCGAUUUUGAAAAAAUAUGGAAUUCCCUUUGACAAAAUCACUCAGGAGGCAGGAGAAUUUAUGAUCACUUUCCCAUAUGGAUACCAUGCCGGAUAUAACCAUGGUUUCAACUGUGCAGAGUCAACAAACUUUGCAACAAUCAGAUGGAUUGAUUAUGGAAAAGUAGCUAAAUUGUGUACCUGUAGGCAAGACAUGGUGACAAUAUCAAUGGAUGUCUUUGUGAAGAAAUUCCAGCCUGACAGAUACCAGCUGUGGAAACAAGGAAAAGAUUUAUACACCAUUGAUCAUACAAAACCCACCCCUGAAAUGACACCUGAGGUAAAGGCCUGGUUGCAGAGAAGAAGGAAAACAAAGAGAUCUUCCAGCUUCCAGCAUACCCAAUCACGAUCAAAAAAGCUUAAAACUUCAGAGGACAAGAAAGUGUCAACCAUACUGGUUGGUACAGAAAUCACAGCCACUGAAGCACCUAUGGAUGGCUUCAAGGUCAAUGAAAAGCCAUUAGAGAAAAUAAAGACAGUAAACACUGAAGUGUCUUCUGGGGCAGAACAAGACACAAGAACGAUACAGAUGGAUCAGAAUUUAUUGGAUAGCAAAAAGGUCUCAGCUCACAACUCUUCAAGCACACAUCCUAACCAUGAUCCUGUAAUGAAAAAAGUACAAACUGAAGAUGAAGAGAAAGAAAACUCUGCCUUUGUUCAGUUCUGUCCUGAGGAAUCUGGACUGGCCUUGCUUUCAUCUGCUAGCUGUAAUAAGGAAGGAGAUUUAAAAUCUUCAGUUUCUUCAAGGCAGGCUGUAGAGUAUGCUUCUUCUGAAGCUGAGAGUUUGGAGAAAGAAGAAACUAUCAGUGUAUCUACAGAAGAAGAUGAGAUCAGUGACCUUGAAAGCAGUGAAAGUGGCCUGGAACCUGGAGAAAUAUCACUAAGAAAUCAAGGAGAGCGAUCAAAAGCAUCUAAAAGCUGGCGACAUCCACUAAGCAAACCCCCUGCCAGAUCUCCUAUGACAUUGGUUAAACAGCAGGCAACAAGUGACGAAGAAUCGCCUGAAGCUCUCUUAAAUGAAGAAGAAAUUCAAGAAACAGAGUCCUGGGCCAAACCUCUUGUCCACCUUUGGCAAAAGAGGACACCAAAUUUUACUGCUGAAAAAGAGUACAAUGCAGCUGUUGCCAAACUGGAACCAUAUUGUGCUGUAUGCACACUCCUCAAGCCUUACUAUAAGGCUGACAAAUCUAAUGAAGGAAACUAUACUUACUCAGAAACAAAACAAAAAGAAAUGUGUGAGACCAAGGAAAAGACAAAACCACUUAUUCCAGAGAUAUGUUUUAUUUAUAGUGAGGAGAACAAUGAAAACUAUCCAUCAAAUGGCUUUAUUGAAGAAGAUGGAACAAGUCAACUGAUUUCCUGUGCAAAGUGUUGUGUACAAGUUCAUGCAAGUUGCUAUGGUGUUCCUUCUCAUGAAAUUCAUGAUGGAUGGCUGUGUUCGCGGUGUAAAAAAGGAGCCUGGACAGCUGAAUGUUGCCUGUGUAAUUUGAGAGGUGGAGCACUCAAGCAAACUACUGACAGGAAGUGGGCUCAUGUCAUGUGUGCAAUUGCUAUUCCAGAAGUCAGAUUUGGUAAUGUCACAGAAAGAACACCAAUAGACACAAACAGGAUACCUUUGCAGAGGUUAAAACUGAAAUGUAUCUUCUGCCGACAAAGAGUUAAGAAAAUAUCUGGUGCCUGCAUCCAGUGUUCUUAUGGACGGUGUCCAGCAUCUUUCCAUGUUACCUGUGCUCAUGCUGCAGGAGUGCUGAUGGAACCAAAUGACUGGCCUUAUGUUGUCUACAUCACAUGUUUCAGACACAAAAUCAAUCAAAGUGUGAAGAUAAAAGUGCUAGAGAAAGCAGUUUCAGCUGGGCAAACUGUCAUAGCAAAACACAGGAACACCCGAUACUACAGCUGCAGAGUAAUAGGAGUUACGUCUCAGGUUUUCUAUGAAGUCAUGUUUGAUGAUGGUUCCUUCAGCCGGGACACCUUCCCUGAAGACAUUGUGAGUAGAGAUUGCCUAAAGCUGGGCCCACCUGCAGAGGGAGAAGUUGUUCAAGUGAAGUGGCCUGAUGGAAAACUUUAUGGUGCAAAAUAUCUGGGAACCAACGUGGCUUAUAUGUAUCAGGUUGAGUUUGAAGAUGGUUCUCAGAUUGCAACAAAGAGAGAAGAAAUCUACACUCUUGAUGAAGAGCUGCCUAAAAGAGUGAGAGCCCGAUUUUCUACAGCGUCUGAUAUGAGAUUUGAAGACACAUUCUAUGGAGCUGAUAUCAUCCAGGGAGAAAAGAAGAGACAAAGGGUUUUGAGUUCCAGAUUUAAGAAUGAAUAUGUGGAUGACCCUGGGUACCGCAGCUUCUUGAAAAGCUCAUUCCAGAAAAAGUGCCAGAAGAGACUAUGAGGAAGAAACAAACAAAAAAAAACUCAUGAACAGUUCAUCUGCUUCCUUUCUGUGUAUGAGCAGGCUGUUCAGUAUGGAGUAACCUGCCCUUCCAAAACACAGAUGUUGUUAUUAGUCUGAAGAUCUAAUUUUGUUAAGCUUCUGGUUGAAAUACUUGAGUGUCCCAAAAAUUCCACCAAGAAAUAUUUCAGGUCCAUAAACCUAUCCUAAAAUGCAGUGCCCCUGUUUGGGGUUUCUUGAUCUUUUAAAAUCUGAAUGUUUAAUUUCAUCCAAGGACUAGACCAGGGGUGGCCAACAGUAGCUCUCCAGAUGUGUUUUGCCUACAACUCCCAUCAGCCCCAGCCAGCAUGGCUAAUGGCUGUUGUAGGCAAAAAAACAUCUGGAGAGCUACCGUUGGCCACCCCUAGACUAGACAAUGCCAUAUUAGGAAUUAGAGGUCCUUUGAAAUAACAAAAUUAUGUACAGUACAUACAGUAGGAUACAUCAGUGGGGCAACAGUCAUCCCUCCAUGGAUAUCAAUCACAAGCUCCCAUAGACAGCUGUUAGGGAAAGAUCAGACCAAGGCAUAGUAUAAUAUCUACACUGGGAUCUCUUUUUCUUCCUCCAAAGAAUAGGAAUUGGCGUGACUUGUCUAUUUUCUGCAGACAGGAAAAGGGAUUCCACAUUUUUGCUAUGAGAUGGUCUCUUUUUAAAAACAACAUUAUUCUCUAAAACAAAUGCAGCUAUAAAUGGUACUGAGAUCUGCAAGUACUAUACUAUCAUAACUUUGUACAAUGCUGUCCACGUUAUUUAUGCCUUCACUGCUUUCUGUACUUUCAAAUCAAUUUAGCUAUUGAAAUGAGAUGGGGUGCUGCUUCUAAAGAAGAAAAUCAUCAAUAAAAGGAAAGGAAGGGGGUAUAUUUAAAGAGGGAGAUUUUUGGCAUCUAUUUUUAAACUUUUUUUCAUGGGGGGAAGCAGUUUGUACAAAAAAGUCUUUUGUUGUGUUUGUAAAAUUAGAGUUUGCAUAUCUUUGUUUGGCAGGCUAGUUUUAAACUAAUGUAAAGAGUAAUAUAAUAUGGUCUUCCCUUUUUAAAGAAUAGUCUGCUAAUGUAAUGGUGUUUGAAAUAAAUAAAUGAUGUCUCUUUGCUUAUUAA